AUGAGCGCCAUUGAAUCUUCAUCCAUUUUCACAUUGAGCCACGACUCAAACCUACAAGAUAUCUUGGAUGCUAACGUCAAGUGGGCUUCUCAGAUGAAUAACGUACAACCAACUUUGUUCCCAGAUCAUAAUGGUAAGGGCCAGUCUCCUCACACUCUUUUCAUCGGCUGCUCCGAUUCGCGUUACAACGAAAACUGUCUAGGCGUCCUACCCGGCGAAGUAUUUACUUGGAAAAAUGUCGCUAAUAUAUGUCAUUCAGAAGACUUAACUUUGAAGGCCACUUUGGAGUUCGCCAUUAUCUGCUUGAAAGUGAACAAGGUCAUUAUUUGUGGCCACACCGAUUGUGGUGGUAUAAAGACGUGUUUAACUAACCAAAGGGAAGCUUUGCCCAAGAUCGACUGCUCUCACCUAUACAAGUAUUUGGAUGAUAUUGACACCAUGUACCAUGAAGAGUCACAAAACCUAGUCCAUUUGAAAACGCUACGUGAGAAAUCACAUUACUUGUCACAUUGUAACGUCAAAAGGCAGUUUAGCAGAAUCAUUGAAAAUCCUACUGUACAAACUGCUGUACAAAAUGGAAAAUUGCAAGUAUACGGUUUGCUCUACAACGUAGAAGAUGGUUUACUGCAAACUGUCAGCACAUACUCAAACGCCAUUCCAAAAUAA